AAUAUCAAAAAACUGAGAAGUAAAAAAAUUUUCAGUGCCAGAAAAACUGAAAUUUUUGGAAACAUACUUUUCUUCUCGGUCAUGAAUAUUUUCAGCCCAGCACAAACUUUGGGAAAGUAUCCAUGUAAAAAGUGCGAUCGAAGAGAUUUCGAUACGAUUCGAGAAUUAAGUGAACAUGAGAUACGUGCGCAUGGAGCUGUUAUACCUUGUCCACACUGUAGUCGAGAUCGUUCGAGCGUGCAAAAACUUGUUGAUCAUUUGCAGCGUCGACAUGGAACGUCACGUUUAGUUUGUCAUUACUGCAAGGAGAGUUUCAGUUCGAGAAUAGAAACAGCUAAAAGUUCAAUAAUUGAUGACUAUCGUGCCCAUAUAUACAAGGAAUGUUUAAAAGAAAAGAUGUAUAAGCAUGAACGACUUACUGGAAGAUCUGGAGCUAUAGCGCAACGCGGACGAGGUCGAUGCCCUCAUGGUCCUCCCGUUAAGUGCAAGAAUUUCCCGAGUUGCCCAGGAGAUAAAUGUUAUUAUUUCCACGGAUUCUGUCGCCACGAUUUGAAUUGCACUAAAAAAGAUUGUCCAUUUGAUCACACAAAUCGACCAAGAACAUGUCUUUCUUGUUUACGAGAUUUACGAGUUUGUUUUUGCUUAUUAUAUUAUUAA